AUGUCAAAGACAGAGACCAAGCACACUAUCCUGAAUCGCGACGGGCUCAAGCUCAUUGGAUUUCUCGAGAGCAAAAAUACUGGUCUGAACAUUGAUGACGGAAAGGGCCAAAAACUUGUCUUGAUCAACCAUGGAGUAUACGCGAACAAGAACUGGGGAUUCUUUAGAGAGCUCGCUGCUUCGUUGCCAUAUCCAUCGUAUAGAACUGACUUCCGUGGUGAAGGAGAAUCUGAAGGCGAAUUAGGAUAUGGAUCAUACCAGGAAGACGUAGACGACCUCGAAAUCAUCGUCGCCUACCUACGAGAACGCAACUGGAACGUAUACGGAAUGAUCGGACAUUCUCGCGGUGGAAACAUCUCUCUCUUCUACGCCCAACGACAUCCACACUCUCUCCGCUUUGUAUGCACUGUGUCAGCACGAUUCUACUUUAGAGAUGGCUUUUUACGUAAACAUGGAGGUGCAGAUGGUGAAGACAUGAAGAGCUUAAAAGAACAAGGAUACUUCAUCAUGAAUAUGAGGGCUAGAGGUGCCAUUAGACCAUUCAGAAUCUCACCCGUUGAGUGGAAUAAGCUUAUGAAUUCAGAUGAUGCUGUCCGUGAAGCCAGAAAUUUGCCAAAGACUCUGCCUGUAUUCUUGCAGCAUGGAGCUGCUGACGAGACCGUCCUAGUCUCAGAUAUCGCCAACUUUGCCUCGCUCAUACCAAACGCUAGUGUUAAGCUCAUCUUGGGCGGUGAUCAUUUCUUUGGCAACAAGGCCCAUGCCUCAGAAGCAGUUAAAAAUAUUGUCGAAUGGAUUCAGUAUAAUGAAACAUCUCUCCGUGUAUUCUGGAGAACAUUCGGUGAAGAGAGAAGACUGCUCAAGAUUGAAGGUGUUCCGAAUGCAAGAGACGUUGGAGGUUACCCUUGUGGUCCUUCUAAAAUCGUUCGUUGGGGACGGAUAUUUAGAACUGGGAGUGUCCAUGAAGUGACAGAAACCGGAACCAAAACCUUGUUGGCAUUGGGAGUCAAGACCAUUUUUGACUUAAGAUCUAUACCCGAGGUGCAGAACAAUGGAGUCGCAGAUCUCAGCUCAUUGGGAAUAACCCGAGUACAAUGUCCAGUAUUUGAGAUGGAAGAUUACUCACCUGAAGCUCUUGCUAUCCGAUGGGGUCAGUACUCGAAAGGACCUGAUGGAUUCUCGCAAGUCUACACCAUGAUGAGUAGUAAAGGAGCCACCGCAUACCGCCAAUACUACCGCCACCUACUAGAAAAAGACACCCCUUGCAUUAUCCACUGUAGUGCUGGAAAGGAUCGAGUGGGAACUGGAAUCGCACUGCUGUUGUCGUUCUUAGGGGUUGAUGAUGAUAUUGUUGCGAGGGAUUAUGCUAUGAGUGCUGUUAUUGAAGGCCGUGAUCGUGACGAGAAUGUCCUGAAGGAUUUCAUGGUUCGAUACAAGGCACAAACUGGAACUGAAAUUGAUAUGCAAGGUGCUUCGAAUAUGCUUGGUACCAACCCGGCUUCAAUGCUUGGAGCACUAAAAGGAAUCCGUGCCAAGUACGGAUCAUUACAACAGUACUUUGUCAACGAAAUCGGUUUCACCAAGGCCGAAUGUGACAAGCUACGAGAAAAAUUACUUGUCGCACCUCCAGAAAUGCCUGCAUCUUUUAGAGCCCUCAUCUAA